AUGCACAGCAUUGUUAUCCUCGGCGGGAACUUCGCCGGCAUUAGCACCGCGCAGUACCUACUUAAGCGCGUCUUGCCCUUAGUCAACAACGAAAGUUCGCACCACAAAGUUACGCUCGUGUCACCGUCCGCUCACACCUUCUUCAAAGUAGCAGUCCCGCGUGUCUUGGUAUCGGACAAGGUCUCGAACCACAUGCCAUUUGCUUCCAUUCCCGACGCUUUUCUCCAGUACAACUCGGACGAAUUCAUUUUUAUCCAAGGCGAGGCGGUCAGAAUAGACGAGACGGCUAAGACCGUGUCCAUCAAGAACGUUGGGACUAUGAACCGCUUGAUUGGAUAUGAUUCUUUAGUCAUUGCUACAGGCACUACAAGCGCUAGUGCAGUAUGGACGCUGCAUGGCAAUCACGAUAUGACGCUUUCAGCAUUUCAGGACAUCCAAAACCGACUUCCGACCUCGAAAACAAUCCUCAUAGCAGGAGGUGGUCCCGUGGGCGUCGAAACAGCGGGCGAAAUAGCAAGCCAACAUGAGGACAAAGAAGUCAUUCUCCUCUCUGGAGGAGCGCGUCUGCUGCCGAGGUUGCAGAAUGAAAAGAUGGCGACAAGGGCAGAACAACAGUUAGCAGCACUGAACGUGCAGACAUUACAUGGUAUUCGCGUCAAAUGUUCAACAGUGGCGGCCAAUAAAAUGUCAUUGGUGUUGAGCGACGGCACCACCAGGUCUGUCGACUUGUAUAUUGACGCAACGGGCGGCAUACCAAAUACCGGCUUUCUACCGCCAUCGUGGCUUGACGGCAGCAAACACGUCAUCGUCAACGGGACUACGCUUCGCGCCACCAACGCCCCUGAAGGUGUGUAUGCGAUAGGAGACGUAGCGUCUUAUUCUAAAGGAGGCAUCCCAGACGCCGUUUGGCCUGUUCCCGCUCUCGGAUAUUCCAUCUGGUCCGACCUACACGUGGCUACGAUUAUGGAUGGGUCUGUCAAGGCGGACGCACCGCAAUUAAAGGAGGCAAAGUACAAGCAGAUUCAGACGGACAUGAGUAUUGUUCCCAUAGGACCAUCCGGUGGUGUUGGGGCGCUGUUUGGGUGGGCUGUUCCGAGCUGGUUAGUGUGGCUGUUGAAAUCAAGGACAUUUAUGGUGGAGAAUGCGCCCAAUGUAGCUACUGGUUAUUAG